CACUGCUCCCCUCCCCAGCGGAAAUUUCCUCUAGACAAAGGAGUCGCUCCCCCCUGGUGGCCGUCGGGCAACGAGCCCUGGUGGGGCGCUCUCUCCCAGGGGCUGGGGCUGAAUCAAAUCACGAGUCCGGGCGGUGGGGGGGACUCGGGCCUGCCGCCCUACCGCAAGCCGCAUGAUCUGAAGAAGGUGGCCAAGGCGGCCGUGCUGGCGACGGUUAUAAAGCACAUGCUGCCCGAUGUUCCCAAGAUUAGAAGGCUGAUACGGCAGAACAAGGGGUUACAG